AUGGCGAGUGGGGCCACGAUCGGAAAGAUGAAUUCUCCCAUCACCACGCUGAUGCUCCGCAAUUUGCCCCGAAGGUACACCCAGGAGCAGCUCCUGAGGGAGAUCCAGGACGUGGUGGGCACCACGGUCGACUACAAUUUGUUGUACGUGCCCUGGGAUUCGCGUGACAAUUGCAACGUCGGCUAUGCGUUCUUGAACUGCUGCGACGCGGAGGGGGCGGAACGGUGUCGCAUGAUCUUCAACGGAUACUAUUUCUGCAGGUCGGCGAAGCAGAAGCAGUGCAGCGUGUUCACUGCCCACAUACAGGGACUGGAGAGCAAUUUGAUCCACCUUCUCACGACAUCCAUGGGUGUGCUCGCCACAGGGGGCCAGCCCGACAAGAACAUGCCAGUCAUCAUCUGGCAGGGGCAGAGGGUCAGGUUUCAGAAAGUCGUCGCCGCCCUCCAGCGCGCCGACGCGCCCGUGGGGCACAGGCCGCUGGCCCAGCCCUGCGGCAGCGCGGGCCCGCUCUUCUGGUCCGACACGGCCCUGCCGCAGGAGCGCGCGCCCUGGCCCGAGGCCACGACGGCUCGCAGGCUGUUCGCGUCAAACGAGGGCACGACGGCGCCCUGGCCGCCAGCGCCGGCGCCGGAGAAGAGUGCCGCGGAGGGGAAGUGGGAGUCCGCCGCGAGCACGACGACGCCGGGGUUCGUGUCAGAAGCUUCCACGCAGGGGCUUUGGUCUCACGCCAGCUUCCCGCGCUGCGGCCGCUACCGUGAGGGAGACGUCGGCGAGGAGUACAGCUCCCCCGAUCCGCGGAUGGUCAGCAAUGACGGCCACUUCAGCCUCAUGCUGGCAGAGGACGCGCUCGUCCAGCGCAUCGGGGCCGCCAUGGCGGAGCGGCGCCUCGCGCUGCCUCACGCGUCUGAGGCCAGGGCAGCCCUGCUGGAGAGGCGCGUCGCCGCUGCCUCCUCGCCGUUGCUCCCCGCUUCUUCCGGCGCGCCUCCUGCAGCCGCUCCGCCGCAGGAUCCGCGGGCCCCCCCGCACGUGCCGGAGCCGCCCCCGGAGGCCCGCCCCACCUCCGGGCAGCCCCAGGCAGGCCUGCGGCGCUCGCCCGGCCUCGAGCGCGGCGCCCCCGCGAGGCCCGCGGGCGGAGCGGUCGAGGGCGAGGCGCGGCCGCCUACCGCAGCGGCGGAUGGGACGAGAAUUCUGGAGCUGGGGAAUCACCUCAGCUCGCGGGUGUUCGAAAAGUUCUUCGAGAAGCACCCCAACGACCCAGGAGGACGCCCUACCUGCCAUGCUGGCAGCGGGGCUUCCGUGGGCCGCUCUGACGGUGCAGGUAGGCAAGUUGCCGACCAGGGUGCUGGCAGCCCGAAUAUUUUCAGUCUGUGA